AUUAGUUUUCAGUUGUCACCGGUUGACCGUGAGCGACUGGUCGUGAUAAUUUUUUUUUAAUUAUUGUAAUAACUCGCAUUACAUAAAUACAGUUAUCCGUCUUGAAAACUAAAUUUAUAUUUACAAUACAAUAUGUACAGCCUGUUUUAUUAUUAAUCAGCUAUAUUUUGUAUUUAAUAUUUAUAUACUAUAUAUAAUGUUAUUCAGUUCUCGCAUAACCAACAUAAUGCCGGUUUUAAAGACGAGUAAAUUUUAUUAUCAGUGACCUAUAAUAAUAAAAAAGAAAAUUAAUAACAAUUUUAAAAAAUGUGAAGAAAUACUUAUUCAAGUCUUCAAGAAACUGACAUUUAAAAUUAGUUUAAAUAAUUAAAGAUUUAUUAUUUUUCUUUGUAAGUGAACGUAGUUUUUUAAUAUCAGUGCUUUUGUACAUUUGACGUAAAUUUUUAGGAAAUAUUUGAAGGUGAUAAUUGCAUUUAAUGAGGUCAUAAAAAAUCCAUAACAAAACGAGGAUUACAUAAAAAAUAAAUUACAAUGGGGCAAUAUUGGCUUAACGUCGCGAUUCUCAGGAUUGCUGUACCUGGAACAUUUACAGCGUGUACAAUAUGGCGGCCAACAGCACUUUCACUUAUCUACUUGAUACUUAUGCUGAUAUCACCAUUUAUUCCAAUACCAACUUCCGAGACGAUGAAAAGAACAACUGGACACUACCUAAAGUCAUGUAUAGCCCUAACAUUCAUCACCAGUGUGAUACAGUUUAUCUUCCAAAUAAUUCUCGUCGCAUCACCAUCAAUCUGGACAAAGUUCACCGAGAAUUGCAGCUUUUUAGAAGAACUCUUUCGACAUUUUGGUUUAGUUCGCAUGGAUGGUGCAUCAACAUUGGAAGUAUUCUACUGGCUACUCCCAGAAAUACUUACGCUACCAAUAAUGAUGACGUUGUACAUCUUGUGUCGUCGAUUUACAUCCGAAAACAAUCACCAAGACCUCGAGAGCACUCCAGUCCAAGACCAAAAUCUUCAAUCUUCAUUAAGAAAGUAUGCCGAAGAACGCAACGCCAAAAUAAUAAACUUCCUCGGAAGAAUAGGAACAUACAUAGUACUGGCGUCUCUAUGCUAUACCGCGACCUUGUCGCCUUCGGUCGAAGGCGGAUUUUACUUCCUAGUGUUCUUCGGAGCUGGUACCUGGUGGGCAUGCAACCGAGAACUUGUAAGAAACUUUGCAAUAAUUUGCAGAGUAGUCAUGGUUGUCGUAGUAGGUCACAUAGUCGUUUUGAUGUCUUAUCAAAAUCAAUGGCCUCAAGAAUACAUUCCAGUUGACAGCCGAUGGUCACGUUAUUUUGCACUUGAAGCUUAUUACAAAACAAACUGUACUGAUCCAAGAAAUACAAUAUUCACUCUAGAUAAUGAUGAUUGGACUCAAAACGGAUAUGCAUAUGCAUUGAGACUUUUUUGGCUUUACUACAUCCUUGCUCUCCAAUCGAAAUUUCUUUUCCAAUCACCGAAUUUAUCUGAUGAUAAACCAAUAAGGCUAAGUCAAAAAUUAAAAAGUCUAGACACACAGAUCACGCGUCAUGUGUCUAUGAGACGUAAAACGCCAUCGCAAAGAUGGCAAUCUGCACGUCGGAAAGCAUACACACCUACUACUGCAACUUCUGCAAGUCUGCCGGAUGAAAGAACGCCCAAUAAUAAUACCUAUAGUGCUACAAACAUUACUGACACGUUAAUGCGUUUUGGAUCUGGACGAGCUGGACUUUUACAAGAUUCAACCGGAAGUGUUACCGUUCAAGAUGGACAUAAUGAUGAUAAUAUACAAAUGCAAUCUAUUGUUGAAGAUACUCAAGAAGAUAAUUUAGGCGUAAUUGAACAAGUAAUCAUGGCCAUUUAUUCAAUUCUCCAGUUAUUUGUUCAUUCAUCUUACUUAGCAACAAACAUUAUCAUGAUGACUUGGUCUAUCAUGUACCACAGCUGGACGACAUUCGUUUUUCUUCUUUGGGCAUUAAUAAUAUGGAUGGCACCUAACAAGCGUUCAGCAAUGAUGAAAUGCUCACCAUUUGUCGUUAUGUAUGGAACAAUUCUUCUUCUCAUCUGUUAUGUCUACAGUAUGAAUUUAACACCUGAAGAAAGGCCAGAUCAAAUAAUCGGUGGGGUUCCAAUGUCUGAAGUAGGUUUUCCAAAUGCAAAUGAAUUGAAAAGCUGGCACUUGAUGGUGAAAUGUGGAUUUAUGGUAAUGUUUUGGAUAACAAUGCGUCAGUAUAUGUCUGAACGACACCAAGCCCGACAAACAUCUGCCCUCAGAGAUAUGAUAGCGCCACUUCGAGUCUCAGUAUCGGCAGCCACAGCAAUGCAUCAAGAAACGCCUGAAAUAAAAAGUAAAUUUAUGAAAGACGUUGGUCUUGUUGUCAAAAAGUUACUGACUAAGUUCUGGAUUGUCGUCGUCGCAAUAAUGCUUUUUACCAGUGGAAUAACCGGAGAACGGAUGACAAUGUUCCGUAUCAUGUAUAUGACACUAUUUCUCUUUUUCGUGAUUUCAUUUCAAAUUUCAUGGGUCGCUUGGAGAAAAAUGAUGUAUGGAUUUUGGAUAACUGUUAUUGCAUACUCAGUUAUUAUGUUAAUUCUCGUAUAUACAUAUCAAUUUCGUGAUUUUACUUCCUACUGGGAACAUUUAGGAAUCAACGAACGUUUGCAAAAUGACAUAGGUCUUGAAGUAUACAAAACCAAAGACUUAUUCGUUCGUCUUUUGACACCUACGUUUUUCGUAAUCAUCACAGUGAUUCAGAUACACUAUUUCCAUGACGAUUUCCUCGAAGCCACGGACAUCGAUAAGAUACAAGUACUACCAGAGUUACAGCGUGCUGAUUCAGAAGCAACAACAGUACCACCAACGUCUACUUUGGAUGUUUUAUUGGGUCCAGAUCAAGAAGCCUCGACAAUAUUUACUUUACGACAGCUAAAACACAUGUCGAAAUUGGAAAGAGCUGCAUUUUUUCGUCGUACUGUUAAGCAGUUGAUGAAUUUUUACAAUUACCUCUGGUUAAUACUUGAAAUUCAUAUCCAAAAAAUAGUAUUUACGUCUCUAAUAUUACUCUGCAUCAAUGACGUAUGCGCAAUAAAUUUAAUUUUCGUAACAGCUAUUGUUAUAAUUAUAAACUUUGGACGUCCGAUUCAAAUAAUGGGUAUAAAUAGCAUGUCUGUAGUAAUAGCAUUGUUGAUGGUUACGAAGAUGUUAUAUCAAAUUCAGUACAUUGAUCCUGACAAGUUCAACGUUAAUUGCACACGAGAAAAUCCAGAUAAUGGUAAUCAAACACUUAAAACUUACAACAUUGCCGAGUGGAUCGGGUUAAAAAAAGCAUCUGCUGCUUGGGGCGAUACUUCCGAUUCUAAUGCAAAUAAAAUACCACCGACCAACGACAAACCUUCUGAGCAAGAAAUGCUUGCAUACUUACUAAAAGGUUACAUUGGUAUCGUUAUUGUGACAACGCUUCGAGCUAUCAUUACUGUCCGCCAAUCUUUCUAUCGCCGUUGGCGUGGAGAGCCACUAGAAAUGCCAGAAGUUAUGUUCCCAAAAAUAAAACGAGCUGAAGCGGACAAAGGAAUUGCAGAAUGCCUUAAAUUCUUCCUGAACUACGGUUUCUACAAAUUUGGUCUUGAAUUCUGCUUAAUAGGCAUUGUGAUACUUAUCAGAGCACGCAUAGACUUUUAUUCAGUCGUCUAUGGUGUCUGGUUAUUGGUUUUCUUCGCACAAUCACGGCGUGUCACUGCUAGUAUUUGGCCAUUCUUCAGGGUUUUUGCCAUUAUUCUUUUACCUCUGCAAUAUUUCUUCGUUGUCGCACCACCUACAUGGUUGUGUAUUAACUAUCCGUGGAUAAAUAUAUACCGAAGACUUCAAGAAUGGAUGUAUCUGCCCGACCCAGACAAUUCACCGAAUCCAAGAAAAUUGAUAUGUGAUUUCUUCCUACUGUAUAUGAUCGUCCGA